UUAAUAGCUCGGCGAGGGGACACACUGACUGUUAUAAUAACACUACAUCAGCAACUCCUGGCUUUCCAGCGGCGGGAACACAGGAGUCCGUGGCGAAUAGCCGUUUUUUUUUUUUUUUUAAAGCAGCAACUUGUUUGCUAGUUUGAUUUCUGUUGGAUUUUUUUUUUUUUUUGGGUGGGUGGCUAUUUCCAAGUGUGGAGUGCAAAAGGAGAUACCAGCCCAGGCUCAGUUCAACCUCCCUCCAAAACGGCUUCUCUGACACUCCAGGUAGCGAGGGCAUUGGGUCUCCAGGUUGUGCGAGGAGCAAAUGAUGACCGCCAAGGCCAUAGACAAAAUCCCAGUAACUCUCAGUGGUUUUGUGCACCAGCUGUCUGACAGCAUUUACCCGGUGGAGGACCUCGCCGCCACGUCGGUGACCAUCUUCCCCAAUGCCGAGCUGGGAGGCCCCUUUGACCAGAUGAACGGAGUUGCCGGAGAUGGCAUGAUCAACAUUGACAUGACAGGAGAGAAGAGGUCUUUGGAUCUCCCGUAUCCCAGCAGCUUUGCUCCGGUCUCCGCGCCCAGAAACCAGACCUUUACUUACAUGGGCAAGUUCUCCAUUGACCCCCAAUACCCUGGUGCCAGCUGCUACCCAGAAGGCAUCAUCAAUAUAGUGAGCGCAGGCAUUCUGCAAGGGGUCACUUCCCCAGCUUCGACCACAGCUUCGUCCAGCGUCACCUCUGCCUCCCCCAACCCACUGGCCACAGGACCCCUGGGUGUGUGCACCAUGUCGCAGACACAGCCUGACCUGGACCACCUCUACUCGCCGCCACCGCCGCCGCCGCCACCGUACUCUGGCUGUGCAGGAGACCUGUACCAGGACCCCUCUGCAUUCCUGUCGGCAGCCACCACCUCCACCUCCUCCUCUCUGGCCUACCCACCGCCUCCUUCUUACCCGUCCCCCAAGCCGGCCACGGACCCCAGUCUCUUCCCUAUGAUCCCAGACUAUCCUGGAUUUUUCCCGCCUCAGUGCCAGAGGGACCUCCAUGGCACCGCUGGCCCAGACCGGAAGCCCUUUCCCUGCCCCCUGGACUCCCUGAGAGUCCCCCCUCCACUCACUCCACUCUCUACCAUUCGUAACUUUACCCUGGGGGGCCCCAGUGCCGGGGUCACAGGACCAGGGGCCGGUGGAGGCAACGAAGGACCCCGGCUGCCAGGCAGCGGCUCGGCAGCAGCCGCCGCUGCGGCCGCCUAUAACCCUCACCACCUGCCGCUGCGGCCCAUUCUGAGGCCUCGCAAGUACCCCAACAGACCUAGCAAGACCCCAGUGCACGAGAGGCCGUACCCGUGCCCGGCAGAAGGCUGCGACCGGCGAUUCUCACGCUCCGACGAGCUCACGCGGCACAUCCGCAUCCACACGGGCCACAAGCCCUUCCAGUGCCGGAUUUGCAUGCGCAACUUCAGCCGCAGUGACCACCUCACCACUCACAUCCGCACGCACACUGGCGAGAAGCCCUUCGCCUGUGACUACUGCGGCCGCAAGUUUGCCCGGAGUGACGAGAGGAAGCGCCACACCAAGAUCCACCUGAGACAGAAGGAGCGGAAAAGCAGUGCGCCCUCGUCCUCGGUGCCGGCCCCUUCCGCGGCCCCCUGCGCCGGGGGCACGCAGGCCGGGGCUGCCCUGUGCGGCAGCAACAGCAGCACUAUCGGCGGAGGGCCCCUGGCCCCUUGCUCCUCUAGGACCCGGACACCUUGAGAUGAGACUCAGGCUGACACCUGCUACUUCAAACCCGAGCCCCUGACUCCACCCGAGCCCCAUGACAAACACUACCCCGCUCACCUGCCCUUCCUCCCCUCCUUGGGCAGAUGGCCUUGGUGGCGCCCAGCACCGUCCCUUCUCCACUUAGAAGCAGGUCCCUCCUGAGCAGUUGACCGUCAGCUGGAGGCGGUGGGGAGGCUGGGUGUGGGGGUGCCGGCCUAGAGGGCUGAGGUCCGGCUCUGCUGUAGGAGAUUGCUUGACCAGGUUUUGCUUCUCAGCUUCCCCUGCUUUUGACCCAUUACUGGUUUUUGACCCAGGCUGUCAGAGCUGAUGUGAGACUUUCUCUACAAUAUGUUGGGAGAUGCUGAUCCCGUCAAGCGGGGAUGGCAAAGACAAGCAAAGCUGAUGUGCACUUUAUGGCUCGGGACUGACUUGGGGGACGCUGUACAGUGAGUGAAGCAUGGCCUUUAUGCCACAUUUCUGUGGUCCAAGAACAGAGUCAAAGCUUACCUAGUCGUCUCAACCCUGAAGCAAUAUGUAUUAUAAACUCAGAGAACAGAAGUGCAAUGUGAUGGGAGGGACAUAGCAAUAUCUGCUCCUUUUUGAGUUGAGAAACGUACAGACUAUUUUUUCAGUGUAUAUCCACUAGAUUUUGUGUAUUUUUGAUGUGCACUGUUCUCCAAGUUCUGAACCUUUGGGAAAAAAUUGUAAAGCAUUUAUGAUCUCUUGAAAUGAGUCAGAGGUUAACUUAUUUAAAGGGGGAUGUACAUAUAUUCUCUUAAACUACGAUGCAUGCAAUUGUGUUGGAAGUGUCCUUGGUGCCUUGUGUGAUGUAGACAAUGUUACAGUGUCUGCAUGUAAAUGGGUUGCCUUACUAUGGAAAAAAAAAAUCACUCCCUGGGUUUAGUAUGGCUGUAUAUUUCUGCCUAUUAAUAUUUGUAAUUUUUUUUAGAAAGUAUAUUUUUGUAUGCUUUGUUUUGUGACUUAAAAGUGUUACCUUUGUAGUCAAAUUUCAGAUAAGAAUGUAUAUAAUGUUACUGGAGCUGCUUUGUUUGGUUAUUAGCUCUUAAUAGUUGUGGAACAAAAUAAAUGAUCUAUUCUAACACAGAACCAC